GUUACACUUCUGAGCGCCUUCAGGAAGCACAGGGCGGGAGGAGUGUGAGACGAGAAGCCAAGGAGGGAUAGGAGGCAGGCCCAGCUUAUGUGCCAGCCCAGUGACAUACCUAGAAGCCUAAAUCAGGCUGAUGAUGGUGUGUCCCGGGGCUCCCGGGUGUAUAAACCCACCGGCAUUUCUGUAUGCUGUGUAGGCACCUGUCUUAUGAGUAGCUCUGGGCGUGGCUGGUCUUCGGACUUUCAGUCAUUGUAAGAUUUAUCUCUUGGGUCUACCUUCUCUGAGCUCCAGCGGGGAACGUAAGAAGUUUAACGGAGCCCGGACUGAGCAGCUUAAGGGAGGGGAACUGCCGCCGGCCGGAGAGGGUGGGGACUGCGGGUGCUGGGGGAGGAGGGGCAGGAAACCACCUAUUUUCCCCGUCUUCCCAGGCAGAAAGGCCUUUUGCCAAGACUGGUGUGACAAAAGGUGGCCCUGAAAUGUCUAGAGAGCCCGAGCAAUGAUGAUCACUGAGUGAGUGGCACUGGACGCAGCCUGGGCAGUUUGUUGACUGACAGAGAGGGAUGCUAGCAGUUAGGAAGGUAAGGAGGAAACUCAGGAUGGGGAGCAUCUGUUCCCCCAACCCCAGCGGGACAAAGACAUCAUCGGAGGUCUGCAAUGCCGACUGGAUGGCCUCGCUGCCCCCUCACCUCUACAACGUCCCCCUUUCCCAUCUGGCAAUCCCAGGCUCCCAUGAUUCAUUCAGCUACUGGGUGGACGAGAAGUCCCCUGUGGGACCUGACCAAACCCCGGCUAUCAUACGCCUCGCCAGGAUCUCUUUGGUGAAGAAACUAAUGAAGAAAUGGUCUGUGACUCAGAACCUGACCUUCCGAGAACAGCUAGAGGCUGGGAUCCGCUACUUCGACCUGCGUGUAUCCUCCAAGCCAGGGGAUGCUGACCAGGAAAUCUACUUUAUCCAUGGGCUUUUUGGCAUCAAGGUCUGGGAUGGACUGAUGGAGAUUGACACGUUUCUUACACAGCACCCCAGAGAGAUUGUCUUCCUGGAUUUCAACCACUUCUACGCCAUGGAUGAGGCCCACCACAAACAUCUGGUUCACCGGAUCCAGGAUGCCUUUGGAAACAAGCUCUGCUUGGCCUGCAGUGUGGAGACUCUGACCCUGCAGAUCCUGUGGGAGAAGAAGUGCCAGGUUCUUAUUUUCUACCACUGCCCCUUCUACAAGCAAUACCCCUUCCUGUGGCCCGGAAAGAAGAUCCCAGCACCCUGGGCAAACACCACAAGUGUGCACAAACUCAUCCUCUUCUUGGAGACCACUCUGAGUGAGCGAGCCCCACGCGGAGCCUUCCAUGUCUCUCAAGCGAUUCUCACCCCCAGAGCGAAGACCAUCGCCCGAGGCCUGGUUGGUGGCCUUAAGAACACUCUGGUUCACAGGAAUCUUCCUGCCAUCCUGGACUGGGUAAAAGCUCAGAAGCCUGGGGCCACGGGUGUCAACAUCAUCACGUCUGACUUCGUGGACCUGGUGGACUUUGCAACAACUGUCAUUGAAUUGAACGACCUCCUACAGGAGGAUAGGGCUUUCGCUAAAUGCUGAUUUAACCUUUGAUUUAUCUUAAUGUUGAAUUUGUUGAUCCAGGCUGGAGGUCUCAAGGGUUUUCUGUUAGGAUGGCCCCUGGGCAGUGAUGGCAAAGUGAGUAAGAGGAGGAGGGAGGAGGAGAGUAUUUUGGCCCCUCCUCACACAGCCAUUUGGACAAAAUUACAGUCCGUUUAAUUGCAUUUUUCCCAAUGAGGCUUUUGAAAAACUUAAGUCCAUGGGAAGAAAGCGUGUUUCACGAGCUCAAGGCCAGGAUCUCCUUGAUGGGUUAUGAUGUUGUACAUAAUGUGGAAAUGGAGUCUCCAAGAACCAUCAGGGCAUUGAAUGUCUGUGCCCUACUAGGCCUAGUUCCCUAUUGUCUUCCAGGGUGUUCUGUUUGAGUCAGGGAGGAAACUGAACAAGAAAAACAUUCCUGGUCAAAAGAGUGUCUCCUUGUGGGUGUAGACUGCCGUGUGGGCAGCUCUAACAUCAAGCUUGGCCUUUGAGGGUAGAAAGGGCCAGGCACCAGUUCUCUCUAGACACGUUGAAGGUCACCGCUUCUUUCUUCAGAGAGACAUUUAUCACCGAGGUAUUUCAGCCACAAGUUGUUCUUGCAUAGUUUGUGCUUGGCAACUGGUCAACUCAUUCUUCAGAUAAAUACUGCAUAGCAUCCUCAGUGUCAGAAAUGUGUUUCCCGGUUUUAAAGCAUUGAUUCCUUUCUCUUUUCUUGGCCCUUUCUUAAAAAUGAAAGGAGCAAGGAUGAGAGAUCUUUUCAGCGUGGGGCCCAACAACAGAGAGACAUGCAUGUUUGUUGCACGCCAGAUUUUGUUAUUUAUUUAAUUCUGUAGCUUUUCCCAAAAUGGCUGCCAGGUAAGUACCUGCGUCAUUUUGGCAAAGUCUUCUUUGGAGUGCAAUCCUCAAGCUAGAUCUUGGAAUUGCAUUUCUUUGUUGUCUGCCUUGGACUCCAGUCUGCUUAGCAGGGCCGAACACCUAAGGGGUCUGUGACCCGUGAACACAGACACAAGAGGUGUGGGAAAGUGCAAUGGGUGUAAGGAGGGUGCUCCAAGGGGCUGUGGAGCUGUUCUGUAACUUCUUGAAAACAAGACUACCUCGGGGACAGUUAGGGUGACUUGUGUGUCAUCAAGCAAGAAAUACCCAGUGUUGGAACAUUUCUAGUCCAUGUCCUGAUUGUGCUACUUUCUGCAGGUUGUUUAAAGCUUACUAAUCCACUGCAUGAGGGCUUUGAAACUCGGGAGGGGAUUUUUUUUUUAUUGAUAAGAGGUGCUUCUCUAUAAAGAGCCCUCUUGUUUUUUAUUUAUUUAUUAAUUUAUUUGUAGAUUAAGUAUCUUCAGUGCUUCUUACCUCAAGAGCACUCAUAAAGGAGCUUCCUGAACUUUCUUACCCAGGCCCAAUGUGGCUAUGGUCUUCAGCCCUUAAUAGGACCAUGCCUCUCAGGACUGUGAGUGACCUGUGACUCCCCUGUGGAUGUCCCACUCCCUCAGUCAGGAGGGCGGGCAGUGUUCUUGUGUGAGUGUGGUCCAGAUCUGAGAAGCCACUCCCAAGCCAUGCCCUGGGGCAGAGGAUGAACUGGGUCAAGAAAAACUCUCAAUUCUUGAGGCUUCCAAAAGAGGAUCCUCCAAAAGAGGAUCGAAAAGGAAGCAGCUAGAAACAAAACUGGGCAUGGGAAUAUGUGUUCUUCAGUGCUCCUAAGAACUGUCCAAGAAUCCAUAAGCAGGACUUCACUUCUGGAUUCAUAAGGAGGAAAGGUAAACAUGGCAUCCUGGGUGGAUGUGUGUCUAAAGAUCGCUGGACCUCAUCCCAGCAGUUCCCCAUUUCUAUUUUUUGAUGCUCAUUGCUGGGGGGUGUGCUAGAGGAGCUGGUAAAAGCACUUGCACAGCCCCAACUAUUGGUCUUCCAGCCUUUACUCUCUGUGAAGUAAUUUAAGCCCUGCCCUUUAGCUUCCGCAGCUUGAGGAGGUCACAACACAAAUGCUUCUGGGAAAAUUUGGUAUAACUUUUCCUUUUCUUGCAUUUGAACCCCUCUUCAAAGAGGUUUCUGGGAUUUUAUUGUCAAGUUCUUUAGGGCCUUCUAUGGAAAGGAGUAAGGAAGUGAGUGCCCUCACUUCUCAAUUUUCCUUCAAUUCUGAUAUUAAACUCCAGUGACAAGCUCUGAAAUCCCUGGCCUACCCUCAGGGUUUUAUUUGUUAUUAUUGCUUUAUUUUGGCCUUGUUUUUAAUUCAUAGUCAAUUACUAGGGACUAGACCACUUCCCUUCUUUAACCCUAUGUUACUUGGCAAAGAGAUAAGGAGGCAAGAGGAGAAUUCUUCUCUGUUUUAUUUGAGCCUCAGCUUUGUCCAGGUGCUUGGUGCUAUGAGGCCAGGUGUGUGACAGGUAUCUACGCAGGAUACCAGUGACACUCAAGGGCUGCUGACUGUUCAGUGAAAUGUUUACUUGAUUUUUUCCCUUUAGUUUUAGAAUAUAUAGUUGCACUUGGGUUGUACCAUUUAAGUGGACCUCAGUGUCUGCAUGAUAAAAGUCAUUAAACACAACACAAAAAGCACAGACAGUGGUACCAAGGUCACUUGCACGAAGUCCUGCUGUGUGUGGUGAGUGCAGGCGCUAGCUCCUUCCUGCCGCUUUGGGUGGCCAGCCUGGCUUGCAUUGUGAAAUUCUGCGCAGGAGUUCUGGGAGAUAGGAGGAGGGUUAUGCACAGUUCACCCUGAUAAACACCCUUGAAUUAGCAAGACUUCAGCCCCCAAAAGAGUUACUCAACAUAUUAUAAGGGAUGUGUGUAUUCUGCCUCUUGACAUAAGGCCAAGCAGAGAGACUCAGUGACGGGAUGGAGGGAAAUAGGCUGUGGUUCUGUGACUCACUCCACAACUGCCAGCAAUGAAAGUGGUGACCCAGCCAUAGCGCUGAUUCUCAAAAUUUCUGGGAACCUUUCAGAUCAAACUGUUAUCAUAUUUGCUCAAAAUUAACUUCAAGAUCAGCUGAAAAGCUACUUGAUUGAUUCAAAAGAAGAUGAUAGUAUUCAGGGCCAUAGUUACUCAGAAAAGUGGACUGAGUUUCUUAUGCACUCCCAUGUUUCCAUGGCAUUGUGGCAAAGGGGACCAUUACAGGUUUCAGUUAGAUUAAAGCAGUGUUGAAAGGCUUGAACUUGGAGCCUAUUAGGGGUACCACUGCAGUUCCAUGGGUACAGAAGAUAUUCUUAGGAAUGGACAGAGAAGUCAAGACAGAAUGGGUAAAAUGAUAAAUUAUUGAGGAUUAAAAUUUUACAUUAAUGGCAGGUCUAAAAGGGUCAUGCCAAAAAAUAUUAUAUAUCUGCUGUUUCAGACUCUCUAGUAAUUAUAUUUAAUUACUUUCCUUAGUCCUGAGUCCAGAACCCUGCAUUUUUGAGAAUCACUGUCACAGUUUAAAAGCAGGAUUUUAUAUAAACUUCAAGAAAAGCACAAGAUCUGGGCCCAGGUAACAAUCAAUCUUCAGAAUCCUAGUUAUUCUUUUAUGAGUUCAUAUUCACAUCACAAAGUUUAAGUUUCUGUUCAAGAGUAAUGUAGUGGAGCAUUCUGGAAUUAAAUGCAGCUUUGUGGUGAGUCAGGAUUUUCUGUUUCUGUUCUUUGGAAUCUUACCAUAAGAAAAUACUCCCCAUCGAGCCAUUAUUGCAGCCCAGCCAGAAGGUUUGGUGCAAAGCACACAGCAGAGACACUGAAGGGCUGAAGACUGAAAUGAAACCACCUGUUUUCCUGGGAAGCAAAAGGGCUGCACAAAUCCAGACCAUCUGACAGAAUCUGUUCACAGUGCAGAGGAAGUUCUGUGAUGUCCUUUAUUGGCUGACUGUGGAUGUUUACCCUGAGGUUCUGCAAAAAAACGGAACUGGCUAACAAAUGAGGCACAGCCAUGGGACCCUCUCCCCUGGCUGGGCAACGGAGUGAUCCUGGGCUAGAUCUGCCUUGGUUCUUUCAUCUGGAAUAAAGAUGCCAUCUGCUACUUUAGUGCUGUUUUGCAAACCUUUGUCAAGUAGCUCCCCAAAAUAUCAGGCCCCCAAUGGUAAGGUUAAAUGCCAUAUAUUAAUGAGGUUGUACAGUUGUGUUUCUUCCUCAUGUGGCAUGUGGGGAGAAAUGCUACUUAGCUUCAUUUCACAAAGGCGCCCCUGUUAGGCGUUGUCAGUUCAAUCCCAUGGUUGAGGCAAUUCAUCAGUAGUCUAGAGGUAUUCUCCAUCUCGUUCCUUCUCAUCUCCUUCAGAGGAUACCGCUUUCUCCUCUUGUCUUCUGGCCAUCCUCUGUCACCUGCUGAGGACUAUUAAUUACAGGAUGUUGACAGAACUUACAGUAAAAGGCACAUACAGUCAAUGAUGGCCUAACACGCUCUUAUCAGAGUGUUUUUUGCUCCUUACUCUCCUCAAAUGCAUGAUUCAGCACCCCUCCCCACUUCCACCCAACCACUAGAACUAUACCUGAUUGGAGCCCAGAACUUGCGGCCAGUACUUCAUUCAGAUAUCAGGGGCUUGGCACAACCUUUGAGCCCAACCAGAAGCACAGCACUUUGAAAAGUCAAAUAGGCCUUCGGUAGCUUUGGACAUUUGCAGUUUUACAUUUGUUAUUAGUUUAUAGCGCUAAUAACAGUCAUGAAUCUAUAAUAUCAACAUGAUAAAUCUUAGUCAUAUUCUAGAGACAGUGGUACUUUGCUGCUAUUAUACUUACUAAUUUAUACCCCAGUUAAUAAGUAUUACAUAUAGAUUGUAUAUGCAUCAUUGUAUUGUGUGUGCAUAAAUAUAGUGUACAUGCCAACUGUAAUACUUCACUGAUUAGCAUUUUAAAAUACAAUAGUCCCCUCUUAUCUGCAGAGGAUAUGUUGCAAGAUCCCCAGUGGAUGCCUCAAACUGUGGAUAGUGAUGAUAAUGGACCUAUAUAUGCUAUGUUUUUUCCUGUACGCACAUACCUUUUCACUUAAAGAAAGCACUUUAUGGCUUCUCUUUGGCGUAUCUGAAUUGCCAGCAUGACUACUCUUGCACUUUAGGGCGGUUAUUUAGUAAAAUAAGGGUGACCCGAACACAAGCACUGCAGUACUGCGAUAGUCAAUCUGAGAACCUGGAAAGCUACCAAGUGAGUUGAGGGCAGGCACUGUGCAUGCAGCUCGGAGCCCCUGGGCAAAGGGAUGAGUCAUCCUGGGGGGGGAUGGAGCAGCUCGGCUCAAGAUUCAUCAUGCUACUCAGAGCUGCGCAAUUUUAAACUUAUGAAUUGUUUAUUUCUGGAAUCUGACUUUUUUUCCGACUAUUGUUGACCAUGGAUGAGUGAAACCAUGGAAAGCAAAACCUUGGAUGAGGUUGGACUACUGCACACAGAUUGUCAUAUUGAAAAUACGUCUUGGUAAAUUCAGAGGGUGUGUGAAUCUGAAAAUGCCCUAUUAGAUAUUAUAUUUUGUCCUCUUUGCUUGUUUUAUAUUACAGUGCAUGCUGUUUGCUAAAUUAAGUAAAAUAAUAGUAAAUUAUACCAAUUUUAAGGUUAGAAUUAAAUUUUUACAUAUAUGCUGCUUGAUACGCUGAAAUAUAUUUGGUGGCAUAAUUAUUCAUAUACAUUUCACUUGGCUUCCUUCCUCUAGGAAAUAAUGACUCAAAUAUAUCUCUCUACUUCUGUCUUGUGACCUGAAUCAUACUGCUUAAUUUAAACUGAAGCAUAAUAAAGCCAGAUUACCUCAUUUUAACUGUGAAAAAAUUCAAUAGAUAUGAUGAUAUGAUGUCUUUUCUUGUAUUUGAUUUGAACUACCUAAAUAAGCUUAAAUCUAAUAAUAAAUAUGAAACUU